CAUAGUUGUUUACAUUCGAUAUUUUGAGCGUGUCAUAACAUAACCACGUUUUCGGGAUUAAGCAACCAUUACAUUAUCGGAAGAAUAUUCUGGAACUCGAGAAACAAUACUAGAAGUGUUAAGGAAUAGGAUAGAACAGCAGCAAUGCCUCUGAUAGAAGAAAUCACUUCAGAGCCAUCAACAGGGGGGACAUCAACCUCCACAAAAGUUCAGAUUGAAGUCGUGGACAACCUCGCUCAACAGAAAGAGAAAGGUCAAGAAACAUUAGACAACAGAAAACCAAAUACUGAAACAGACAAAACAGAUAACAACUGUAAUGGGAAAGAUUCCACAGACAAAGAAAACCAACAGCCAGAAAAUCAGAAUGACAACAAUCAAAAACAACAGACAAACAAACAGACAACAGAAGACAACAAACAACUAGCUAAGAAAGAAGAGGGUGAGGGCAGCUGGCCAAGAAUCACAAAGAAGUUUCUGAGACAGCACUGCAAGGAUCUGAAGCUAUACUUGACCCCUGAACUAAAUGAUGUUCUUUAUCUCCAUUAUAAAGGUUUACAGAAGAUUGAGAAUUUAGAAGCAUACACGGGACUUCGCUGUCUGUGGUUUGAGUGUAAUGGUAUCAGGAAAAUUGAGAAUCUGGACCAGCAGGGAGAAUUAAGGUGUCUGUACCUACAACAAAACAUGAUAGAGAAGAUAGAAAACCUGGAGCCCCUCCAAAAACUGGACACCCUUAACCUCAGUCACAAUAUCAUCAGGAAAGUGGAGAACCUAGAUUGCAUCCCAGCCCUGAACACCUUGAAUCUUUCCCAUAAUCGACUAACUGAUGCUGAAUCCUUAGAACAUCUCGCUAAACUCCAUACAGUCAGUGUCCUUGACCUAGCACACAACAGAAUAGAAGAUCCCAAGGUCAUUGAUGUUUUUGAACAAAUGCAGAACUUGAAAGUACUUAAUUUAAUGGGAAAUGGCUUACUGAAAUACAUCAAGAACUACAGAAAGACAUUAAUUGUCAGACUGAAAACCUUAACAUACCUUGAUGACAGACCUGUGUUCCCCAAGGACAGAGCAUGUGCAGAAGCCUGGGGUAGAGGAGGGGUGGAGGCAGAGAGAGAAGAAAGAGAAAGAUGGAUUGACCAUGAGAGGAGGAGGAUACAAGAGAGUGUUGAGGCAAUGCUCAGCAUCAGAAGGAAAAAUGAGAAAGAGAAGAUAGAAAAGGAUCGUAAAGAGCGGGGAUUGGAGGGGGAAGUGGAUGAAGACAGUGUGGACUGGCUGACAGGAAAAUACAGAAUGAAGGGGGAAGAGGUAGGGGCCAGGGUAAAAGUGGAAAAGGAUUAUAAAAUUAAGAGACUUGCAUGGUCUUGUCAUCUGAGAUUAUUAGAGGAAACUUCAGAUGAAGAUAGCACAAGGCUCUUCAUCACAGAAAUCUCAGACAAAAAGAGCAAGGAUGAUUUAGAUGAUCUCCCAGAUCUAGAAGAUGUUGAUGUUAAUGAAGAACAACUUAUCACCAUAGCACAACAGAAAAAGACCACAUACAAGCCAAAGAUUGAGGUGCUGUCAGACAGCAGUGACAGUGAGGAGGAGACUGAGGAAACCUCACAGCCAUUGAUCCAGGAAUCCAGCACCUCAAGGGCACCUCAGACCGAGGAGAGUAGUGGCUCAUCCCGACUGCUGAUUGAAGAAAUUCCCAGCGAAAAAGAACCUAGAUUGACAGGUGGAAAAUCCAAAGCAUUUGGGGCAUCUGGAGGAGAGAUCAAUCUGGAUGCCAUCACUCCAGAAAUUCCAGGAUCCUAUGAUGUGCAGGCUAGGGCUCAGUCAAUGCAUCUCCUACAAGGCCUCGGGGCACUUACAGGCUCUCGGGUGUCAAAAACAGGAAGGUCAGACUUUUCUGAGAUGGAAGAGGCUUCUAAGAAGAUGACAAAGGAGGAGAAAAUUCAGGACCUAGCUGCUAAUAUUGGAUCUACUACUGUUGAUCCUUCUAUAAAAGACUGGGAUGAUUCUGAACUAGAUUGACAAUAUUGAUAUUCUGUACUUUGGAAAAAAAA